AUGACUAUGAAGCUACCUGGUUUCCAAUACUUACUAAAGGACAAACGAGCACUCCAUCAGAUCACAGCAGCUGUGUGUAGUGUGGGCGUGUCGUCAACCUUUGGCGCACCCUUUGCAGGUGUUCUGUUCAGCAUUGAAGUCAUGACGGAGUACUAUAUG